CCGUUCUAACGAGGCGAGAAAAGAACGAGGACAAAAGGGAAUGAGACACAGAAUGCUCUGAAGCAGACCAACAAUGGCGACCAAGGCAAAUUCUUCUGCCACCACUCUUCCCAAGUCCGGCGGAGCCAUUUCCAAGGGCUACAACUUCGCUUCUCACUGGGAACAGAAUGCUCCUUUGACAGAGCAACAGCAAGCCGCCAUUGUGACUCUCUCUCAUGCCGUCGCCGAUCGGCCGUUUCCUCUCAAUUUGGCCAAAGACCGUGCCUCCGGGCAGGAGAAUGGCUUGUCCGUUUCCACGAAGGAGAACGCCUCGGGCUUCGAACACUCUGGAGCUGCAGAAGCCGUUCUCGUCAAUACUAAUCAGUUCUACAAAUGGUUUACAGAUCUUGAAUCAGCCAUGAAGUCUGAGACAGAGGAGAAGUAUCGGCAGUAUGUGAAUACAUUGACUGGGCGGAUAGAGACAUGUGAUGGCAUACUUUGCCAGGUGGAUGACACCUUAGACUUAUUCAAUGAAUUACAGCUGCAACAUCAGGCAGUAGCAACAAAGACAAAAACUCUUCAUGAUGCAUGUGACCGGCUGGUAAUAGAGAAGCAAAGACUAAUAGAAUUUGCGGAAGCACUUCGCAGUAAGCUCAACUAUUUUGAUGAAUUGGAGAAUAUAUCUACCAACUUUUAUUCUCCAAAUAUGAAUGUUGUAAAUCAGAACUUUCUCCCUCUGCUCAAACGACUUGAUGACUGCAUAUCGUAUGUUGAAAACAAUCCACAGUAUGCGGAAUCCGGUGUUUACUUGCUCAAAUUUCGACAACUGCAGUCUCGAGCCUUGGGCAUGGUUCGUUCUCACGUACUAUCUGUUCUCAAAAGUGCUUCAGCUCAGGUCCAGGCAGCAAUUCGGAGCAGUAGUGGCAGCAAAGCAUCUCUUGCUGAGGGUGUAGAGGCAUCUGUAAUAUAUGUCCGUUUCAAGGCAGCAGCAAGUGAGCUUAAGCCAGUGCUGAAGGAAAUUGAAAGCAGAUCAUCAAAGAAAGAGUAUAUCCAGCUACUUGCAGAAUGCCACAAACUAUAUUGUGAACAGAGGCUUUCCUUGGUAAGAGGCAUAGUGCAUCAGCGAAUAUCAGAAUUUGCAAAGAAAGAGGCGUUGCCAUCAUUGACUCGAUCUGGAUGUGCAUACUUAAUGCAGGUCUGUCAGCUUGAGCAGCAACUAUUCUAUCAUUUUUUCCCAUCUUCUUCAGAAGAUGUUUCAAGUUUGGCUCCAUUAAUAGAUCCGUUGUCUACAUAUUUAUAUGAUACACUGCGGCCAAAACUUAUUCACGAAACAAACAUCGAUUUUCUUUGUGAACUUGUUGAUAUUCUCAAAGUUGAAGUCCUGGGGGAACAGCUAAGCCGACGGAGUGAAUCCUUAGCUGGAUUACGUCCUACAUUACAAAGAAUUCUUGCAGAUGUUCAUGAGCGGUUAACUUUCCGUGCUCGGACACAUAUUCGUGAUGAGAUAGCAAAUUAUCUUCCUUUGAGCGAAGACUUGGAUUAUCCUGCUAAGCUGGAGCAGUCUGCUGAGAAGAAACCUCAAACUGAAAUAACUUCUGCUGAAGAAAACCCAGAUGUAUUCAAGUCGUGGUAUCCUCCACUUGAGAAAACUCUAUCUUGUCUUUCAAAGUUGUAUCGUUGUUUAGAACCAGCAGUUUUUACCGGUUUAGCUCAGGAAGCGGUAGAAGUUUGCUCGAUAUCUAUCCAAAAAGCAAGCAAGCUCAUAAUGAAGAGAUCAUCACCGAUGGAUGGGCAGCUUUUUCUCAUAAAGCAUCUUCUUAUCUUGAGGGAGCAGAUCGCACCUUUUGAUAUCGAGUUUUCAGUGACGCACAAAGAACUAGAUUUCUCUCACUUGCUGGAUCAUUUAAGACGGCUUCUUAGAGGUCAGGCCUCUCUAUUCGAUUGGUCUAGAUCUACUUCGCUGGCAAGGACUUUUUCUCCCAGAGUUUUGGAAAGUCAAAUAGAUGCCAAGAAGGAGCUCGAGAAAAGCCUAAAGGCCACCUGUGAGGAGUUCAUUAUGUCAGUCACUAAGUUAGUCGUGGAUCCUAUGCUUUCAUUUGUUACCAAGGUUACAGCUGUGAAAGUUGCGUUGUCCUCUGGUAGCCAGAACCAAAAGCUAGAAUCGGCUAUGGCCAAGCCUCUCAAGGAUCAAGCUUUUGCCACCCCAGAUAAGGUGGCCGAACUCGUUCAGAAGGUGAAUGCUGCGAUUCAACAAGAGUUGCCAACAGUGAUAGCGAAGAUGAAACUUUAUCUGCAGAACCCAUCAACACGAACUAUACUAUUCAAACCGAUAAAGACAAAUAUUGUUGAAGCUCAUGUACAAAUACAAUCCCUGCUGAAGUCCGAGUACUCGCCUGAAGAGAUACAAAGCAUCAUUAAGAUGCCUUCCACACAAGAUUUGGAAGCACAGCUUGAUAACUUCCUUUAGGGUGCAUGGGAAGCGCAUCGAAUCUCAUAAAGCAUACAAAUCCAUUUGAUGAUCUCUGAGGCUUAACAGUUUAAGCUUUAUGAGUAGUAGGAAAAUCUGCAAUAUCUGGAAUCUUUGGGUGAAAACGAUAUAUGUAUUCUUUUUAUACGGACAUAUUUUGUUUUUUCAAUUUUUGCUCAGUUAUAUGUAUCAAUUUUGAUAUUAAAUACUCGAUAGAUGAUUCUUGCGGGAGCUCUUGUCUAGCAGAAUAUCCGUCAUUUUAUAUAUGUGUAGCUUUUAGAAAAACAUUGAAUUCAUGAUUGAGGUACAAAAUGUAUCAUUUUUGUUGCUGGUAUUCAUCCUUCAAAUUAUCAUUGGAACCAACCCACCCAGAUUAA